AUGACCACAAAGAUAACCAAAGAUGUAGCCAAAACCUUGUCUGAACUAGUCUCAAUAAGAAACGCAGAAUCUUUUCCAAGGUACCAGAAGCCUUUUGUAGAUUAUCUAAGGCUCAAGUGUGUGGGAGGAGCAGGAGGAAGCCCAGUAGAAAACCAAAAAAGGUCAAAAAAAUUAAAUGGGCCAGGAUAUGGAGGCCAUGGAGGAAGUGUCUACUUCAAAGCAACACACCUUGUAAGCGACUUUAUACACAUAGAGAGUGUAAUAAAGGGGAAAAGUGGAGGAAACGCUCAUGGAACAAGCAGAGGACUCCAUGCAUCUGAUACAGUAAUAAAUAUACCACUGGGGUCGAUUUUAAGAAAGAGAGUCAGAAGAGAUGACCGAACUCGAUGUAUAUUCUGGCACCAGUUUCUAAACCCAGAUGAAAAACUGCUGAUAGCCCGUGGAGGUAGAGGAGGGCUCGGCCCCUCAUGCUUUAAGAAACAUGAUAAUAGACUAGCUGAAGUAGGAGAGUCAAUAACUUUAGAACUUGAGCUGAGACUCUUUAACGACGUUGCAUUCAUUGGUCUACCAAAUAGUGGAAAGACUUCUCUAAUUAGCUCACUCACCUCUUAUAUGACUAGGAUAGGACCAGAGGAAGGGUCUACAACCAGACCUCAUAUCGCACUAAUUAAAUUUUUGGAUGGAGUUGAUAUACGUGUAAUGGACUUGCCUCCACUUUCCCAGAAUACUGAUAAGGACAUGGUAAAAAAAAUCACCAGGCACCUUUAUAGGUCCAAACUAAUAGCAUACGUUAUAAGUGCCGCUGAAGAUGGAGACCACAUGGAGACUCUCAAAUCUCUCAGGGAAAUAGUAUCCGGUUCAAAGACUUUCGUCGAUUCCAAGCUUGAGAUGAUCAUAAUGACCAAGUGUGACAUGAUUCACAGGAAUACCCUCUUCAAUUUGGACAGUCUGUACUAUAAAUUGCUGGACUCUCAGCCUGAAAUUCCGGUGGUUGCCACUUCCGCAACUCACCGACUUGGUCUCGAUAGGUGUGUGAGAACCAUUCGAGACUUGCUGUACCCACGAAAUGUAACAUAUACUAAGCGUGAACUAGUUGAAAGCUAUGAAAUUAAACUUUUAACACCUUAA